AUGUCACCGGGAAUUAUCAACUCUCCCCCGAGGGGCGGAGAGAUGGAAAUGGGCGCCGCUUCAAUUCUCGCUUCAAGAAAGCCAGUUUCUGGCACAGCUAGCAGCGCCAAUGAUAUCGCCACAAUCCUUGCCCCGCUGUACAAAGAAAGCAAUCUGGUCAAGAUUAUGAGCACUGCAGAAAGGAUCCCCCCCAAACGCUUUCCCGAAACAGUACCCCAGAUCGGUCCGCAAAAGGGAAUAUACCAGUGCAGGGAUGCCGAAUUCUGGACAUGUGGCUUUUUUCCCGGGAAUCUUUAUUGUGUCCUGGAGAGGCUCAGAAAAUAUCCUGGAUCAAGCGUGUCCAAAGUAUGCCAGCCAGAGAACGUCCCACGGGAUUUCCCACUCAGCCUUAUUGAGCACGUCACAGAUCUAUGUCAAAGGUGGUCUGCUCCGCUGCAUGCUAUGUCGAAACGAACGGACACUCAUGAUCUCGGAUUCAUCGUCCAGCCAGCCCUCCGAAGAGACUGGGAACUCUUCGGCAAUAAACAAAGCCUAAAUUCGUUGCUCACUGCAGCCGAAAGCCUUGCCAGUCGAUAUGAUGAGCGUGUUGGGGCCAUUCGCAGCUGGGACAGUUUCAAAAAUGCGCACCACAGCAUCACUAGUAUGGACGAUGAUUUUCUGAUCUCGACCUUUUGUUCUACGCCGGAAACUACAAAAGGUCCCCCUCGUCUUAUUGAGAUCGCAUCCAAACACGCCGAAACCCUCCUAUCUACGCACCUUCGAGGAGAAUCCGUCGAGCCCGGAAAAACAAUGUUCUCAACCUACCACGCCGCGAAUCUCUCUCCGAAAGAUAAUGGGAAAGUGAAGAGAAAGCUCACAGCACAAGGCUAUGACGACAACUCAACCUGGGCACGCGGGCAAGCAUGGGCGAUUCUAGGCUACGCCCAAACCUUUGCUUGGACAAGGGACCCAAGGUUUCUAGAGGCUGCAUUGGGCUUGGCGGACUUCUUCAUCUACCGUUUGGAAUCGUCGCCGAAUGUUGUAGAGGAGAAUGGUGUCGGGCGAUAUGUUCCUUUGUGGGACUUUGAUGCGCCAAUAAAGCAUAAAAAUGUUGACGGCUCCGAUGUCCCAUUGAGAGAUGUUUCUGCUGGAACGAUUGCCGCAAAUGGGAUGAUUAUCCUCUACGGUUUACUUCAGGGAGCUGGGAAAAAUGAGCUAGCAAAGCGGUACUUGGAGUAUUCCCUUCUCAUUGCCAAGGACACGGUUGCGCUGGCUUAUAAUAAAGAUGAGAUGGGCAUGAUGUUCGACUCGGACACAGGAAAGAUAAAGACCUACGCGAUAGGGGCUGUCGACGGGAUGUUCUUUGAUGCGAUUUUGGAAAGGUCAACAGCGAACUUUAAUCAAGAUCAUGCAGAUCGGACUUGGGAUCAUGGGUUGGUCUACGCGGAUUACUAUUUUCUGGAGCUGGGCAAUAGAUUUCUAGACAUGGGUCUUGUCUGA